GUGCUAUUCCUACCUAGUGACUGGUUGUUUCUUGGAAUCAUCAAUCGGCAGAGUAUGUGCUAUUCCUACCUGUAUAAGUUUACAUUUUGAGUCGUGUUGAAUCCUCAGCCAAAAAUCUGUAGCUGUAAAAUUUCCGCUUUGCUUCUUCCUUGAAAAAAGAAAAUGGUGUUCGGAGCAGUUUCCGACGAGAUAGAAGUAAAGGCGCCAGCCGCCGAGGCAUGGAAGGUGUAUUCUACUCUGCAACUGGCGAAACUUAUUGUCGAGAUGUGUCCUGACUUGCUUGAGAAGUUUGAGGUAGUCGAAGGUGACGGUGGCGUCGGAACAAUUCUGAAGUUGAGUUUUCCGGCAAGCACGCCGAUGUUUACACAUUCGAAGGAGAAAUUCACGGUUGUUGACGAUGAGAAGCGAGUGAAAGAAGUGGAGGUGAUUGAAGGCGGAUACCUGAAUCUAGGGUUCACUCUGUAUCGGGUUCGGCUUGAAGUUAUAGAGAAAGACGAAAGAACAUGCAUCACCAAAACCACAAUUGAGUAUGAAGUGAAGGAGGAAUCAGCUGCCAAUGCUUCAUUUGUAAGUAUUCAGACUUUUGUUGCCAUCAUGAAUGCCGUUGCAACCUAUCUAACCACUAAGCAAGUGUAAUGGAAUUGGCCUGCUUGUGGCUUUGCAAUAAGAUUGCCAUCUAUUUAAACAUUAGUGUGUGACAGGCUAUUACAUAAGAGAGAGUUCAGUUAAUGCACAUUUUUAAAUAAUGUUAAGUUAAUUGCACACUUUUAAAUAGUGUUAGCAAAUUUCCCUAAUUAUUUGUCUUUACAUAUAUUCAAUAAAGUCAUAUUAUAUGUGUUGGUUUUA